GACAACAUCCGCGUGCACGCCAUCACUGACAACCCCACCACCAUCGUAUGGUAUAACACAAGUCUACCGAUGGACAGAUGUCCAAAGAAAGAAAUCGAAGAGUUAAGAAAGAUGAUAAUAGUCGACGAUAGAGGAUCAAACGGCGGCAACCUGCGAGAAAGGGUCGAUACAAUCUUCGAAAAGGAUUUCAACGUGAUGUCCAUCCGACUAGUAUCACAAGGCCUCUGCGCCGAACAGAAUACUAAGAUGGCGAAGGGCGGGCUGGGGCCAAUUAAUACUGGUACCAAUUUGCAGAAUAAAGCCAGUAAUGCUGACCCUGAGUACUCUGAUUAUUUGGUAACAUUUGUGAUCCCCGCUGUGGUGAUAGUUUGUAUGAUCCUAGUGGCAGGUAUCAUUGCCUGUGUGCUCUACAAACGACGACGUACAGGUUAGUAUUUUAAUAUGACUAUUUCA